ACCAAACACGGAGCAAAGUCUGCUUCAGCAACCAAGACAAGAAACACCGGAACCAGAACCGACAGACGGCUGCUCCUCACAGAACGACCCGCUCUGUUAGAGUCCGGUGUCGCUACGGCUCUUUCAGAGACACAUGGAUUCAUGUUUACAUGAACGCGCGUUACGGUGACUUCCACUUCUGUGAUUUGAGAAAGAUGUGAGGUCUUGAGUUGCAGCUCAUGAAUUACUUUCUCUAUAUUCAGACGAUCAAUACGUGUGUAAAGUUUGUGAAGGCAGGAGGAACACUCCCGCCAUCACCGUCUCCUCUCUGCUCCUCCUCACCCCCCCUCCCCAUCCCUGACAACGAGUGACAGGUGAUACACACCAGGGUCUGGAACAGGGGGUUUCAAAGUCUUGGCUUUCAGACUAUUCAAAUAUUGCAAAAUUCAAAUGAUAAAUCCUUAAAUAGUGCUUGAUCUAAAAACUAAAAUAAGGCUAAUUAAUGUCAUAAAUUCAUGGGAUUUACUUUACAGGGAAAUGUCAGUGUGCCCCCACCCACAGUAUCUCUGUGUCUACCUGCACCAUAUGUCUGCACAACUAUGUGUUGAUGCCAUUGACUGUAAGGGGUUGAUGCUACCAAACUCAUUUUAAAAUAAAGUAUUUGCCCUAGACUUCUGCUUUCAGAUGUAGUUAUUACCAAAACCAAUAAUUAUCCGGUGCAAAGGCAAAGAUGUAAUAUAACACAUGACUUUAUAUUGAUUUUGUCUUAAAGAUAAAUCCGGCCCUUUGAGAGCAAACGUACUGCUAAUGUGGCCCGCGAUGAAAUUGAGUUUGACCCCCCUAGAGAAUCAGAACAGCUCUUGUCAUGGCGGCCACUUCCGGGUCGUUCCGCUCCGUUCGGAACCCUCCUGAGACUGACUGCGGUUCCCCUGGCUUCCACUCAGCUGCGUUCAGGUGCUGCAGGAAAUAACAGCAGCACAGUUAAGGAUGCUUUCCUGUGUUUAUACUUUAUAUGUACUAGAUUGGUCUGUAUACAUGAACAUAUUCCUGAUCAUCUUUAUUGUUAAAGUAUUCCACAGAUACUUUCUACAUUUCAGAAUCAUACGUUAUUUAUUCUUGGUUAUGUGACAGCUACUCAAGUUUUAGAAUAAAUACAAAAUAAAUAAACAAAUAAAAUAUAAUUAUUAUUAUUCAAAAUGUCUCAUUAUUAUGUAUUUCAUUCAUUAUUAAUAUUAUUGUUAUUAUUCAUAAAAACAUGUAUUGCCAGAUGAACUCACAUUUUCCCAGUUGGUUGUGUUCGACCUGCAGGAGGUGCUGCAGCCCUCUCCUCUUCCUCUCUCCUUUUCAUCCUUUACCCUCCUCCUCCUCCUCUCCUCCCCCUGUCAGAGGCUUCCCCCAGUAUAAAGCUGUGGUAGGAGCUGGAGGCUGUAGAGGCUCUCCAGCAGCCGGAGGAGAAGGAGGAGGAGGAGGAGGAGGAUGAAGAGGAAGCUGAGUGUCGCUCAGCGUGGAUCUGUGACUUCAGUCUCUCGGAGCUGAAACUCAAACUUUAUCUUCUCUCUGCGAGCUGCUGCUCCAUGCAUCUCUGAGAAGACGUCCUGCCCCCCACCCCCCUCCCCCACCAUGGAUGAGCUGUACUCCCCCUCCUCUCUGGGCCUCUUCAGCGACCCCUGCCUGACGAAGGUGGAGCUGCGUCUCACGGUUAAAGGUCUGUCGGAUCGCGACGCUCUGUCCAAACCCGACCCCUGCUUCGUGCUCAACAUGCAGUCCCACGGACAGUGGAUGGAGGUGGACCGCACGGAGGUGAUCCGCAGCUGUGUGAACCCGACCUACUCCAAGGUCUUCACCCUGGACUAUUAUUUUGAAGAGGUGCAGCGUCUGCGCCUCGAGCUGUACGACGUCAACAGCGGCCACAACGGGCUGAAGGAGGCCGUGUUCCUGGGCUCAGUGGAGUGCACGUUGGGACAGAUCAUCUCUCAGAGGAAGCUGUGCAAAGCCCUGCUCAGACCCGGAGGCACGGUGGGGAAAGCCAUCAUCACGAUUACAGCAGAAGAGUUGACGGGGAACGACGACUACAUCGAGCUCUCGUUCAGCGCCAGGAAACUGGACGACAAGGAUUUCUUCAGUAAAUCCGACCCGUUUCUGGAGAUUUAUCGCGUGAACGAUGACGCCACGAUGCAGCUCGUCUACAGAACGGAGACUGUGAUGAAUAAUCUGAACCCGGUGUGGAAAACCUUCAAAGUGUCUCUCAACUCGCUCUGCAGCGGAGACCAUGACCGCAAGCUGCAGUGCACGGUGUGGGACUGGGACUCCAACGGGAAGCACGACUACAUCGGAGAGUUCGAGGCGUCGUUCAAAGAGAUGAGAGGCGCCAUCGAUGGGCGGCAGGUGCAGUGGCCGUGCAUGAAUUCCAAAUACAAAACCAAGAAGAAAAACUACAAGAACUCCGGGAUCGUCAUUCUGAACCAGUGCAAGAUCAUCAAGAUGCACUCCUUCCUGGAUUACAUCAUGGGAGGCUGUCAGAUCCAAUUUACAGUAGCCAUCGACUUCACGGCGUCUAACGGAGACCCGAGGAACAGCUGCUCGCUGCACUACAUCCACCCUUUCCAGCCCAACGAGUACCUGAAGGCGCUGGUGGCCGUGGGCGAGAUCUGCCAGGACUACGACAGUGAUAAAAUGUUCCCGGCGUUCGGCUUCGGGGCGCAGAUCCCUCCUGACUACAAGGUCUCCCACGACUUUGCGGUGAAUUUUAACGAGGGGAACCCGGAGUGUGCAGGUAUCCAGGGCGUGGUGGAGGCCUACCAGGCCUGCCUCCCCAAACUGCAGCUCUACGGCCCCACCAACAUCGCCCCCAUCAUCCAGAAGGUGGCCAACACCGCCUCACAGGAGGUGCACACCAAAGAGGCAAUGCAAUACUUCAUCCUGCUGAUCCUGACGGACGGCGUCAUCACCGACAUGGCCGACACGAGGGAGGCCAUCGUCCAGGCCUCGCACCUCCCCAUGUCGGUCAUCAUCGUCGGCAUCGGGAGCGCCGACUUCAGCGACAUGCAGAUGCUGGACGGAGACGACGGCAUCCUGCGAUCGCUCAAAGGAGAGCCUGUCCUCCGGGACAUCGUCCAGUUCGUCCCAUUCCGCAACUUCAAACACGCGUCUCCAGCUGCUUUGGCUAAGAGCGUUUUAGCGGAGGUGCCCAACCAGGUGGUGGACUACUACAACAGCAAGGGCAUCAAGCCCAAAGUGCCCAGCCAGUACCAGUCUUCCAGGCAGUUCGGACCCUGAGCGCCCAGCAGCCUCUCCUGGACUCAGAAAAUGUUUACUGUGUUUUGUUCUUUGUCGAUGCGGAUGUUAAAGGUGCUACAUGCAGUAUUUACCACGAAGGAGGGGCUCAUUUGAAAUGUGAUCACUGUAGCGACAGGUCUGCCGCUGCAUUCACAUUGGGAGGGAAUUUAACGGUUGGACCUACUGGAAGUUUGUGAGGCUGCUUUAUGGCACAAACCACAUGGACAAUGCUUCAUUACCUCGUGUUAGCUUCUAAAGAGCAGAUCUACUUUCAUGCAUACACUGGACAUACCAUAACAGACCGAGGAGGCAGGCCAAGCAGAUGAUACACACUAAUCCAAAGACCAGUGAGUUAGUAUCAACCUAGACUGCGCUAAUCCUGCUGCGCUGCAGUUUCUCAACAUGCAAUGAUAGGCGUCUUGAUCCUAAUCCUAUGUAGGCUAACAUAUAAAACCGUAGCUCGGGGUGUUUGGAUGCACAGCAUAGGUGGACAAAGUGUUUCGAUCUACUGAACGCAGAUGCAGAGGAGUCUAAAACGCAAUAUGAUCUGUUAUUUGUGGACCUGAGUACGGCAGACUAGCUUAUAUCACAGUGAACUUAUAUUUCUCAUUUUCAACUUCAUAACAUCCCUAACUUCAAGAUCCAAGUUCUAUUGACCGUUAAAUCAGGGUUUACACUUAUUAGUAGCAAUUCAUAGCGCGUUCUGUGAGCAAAAUGCCUGGCUAUGUAGCAUUAAGCAUUUAAGAAUUGUAGCUAACGUUUGAGGUUCUCUUUUAUUCUGUGGUAAUGUUUACAAUGACAGCAUUCAGAUCCAAAUCAGUCGGAGAAUGCUGUUAAAUGGCAAAGUGUAUCUAUGCAGCGCUUUUGCGUAGGAAACAGUGGCGUAACAAACUGAUAGCAUGUUUCUACUGAGCAAAAACCAAGAUGCUAACAUAUUAGCUUUGUUGCAAAAAGCAAUUUAACUCCGAUUCUUCCUCUUUAAGCGUACAAACUGCCAAACAUGAUCAACCCUUAGUUGCUAACUGGUAGCAAGUGAGCUGAAAGUAUUUUUGCUAGCUUGCAAAUUAUUCUGUAGCUAGCAUGCGACAGCUAGCUCACGGACAGGUCUUCACAUGCUGCCAGGACUUCCUAAUGGUUGUGCACAUUUGAGUGCAGUGGGGAGUCAUAGGUUUGUUAUCUUUAGUUACUGUUAUUCCACAUUACAUGAUCACAUAAACCGUCCUCUCAUCUCAGUCUAACCUAGGUUCCAUGUGUAAAAAUGCUAACUGUCGCACCUUUAGCGUCCGUUGUGCAUGCGGGGCCUGCAGAGGCAGAGCUGGUCCUAACAUUCAGACGUGUUUUACUGGACGUUAAAAGCACACACACACAACACUGACCAAUCCUAACGCUGCUUUCCUGCAGACAGCAUGACAGGUGGGAAACAGUGAAUGAAGGAACGUAUGACCCCCCCCCCCCACCUUUCUGGUUUGGUUUUCUAAGAGUUUGUGCAUAUUUUGCUAAAUUUCGUAAGGUUCGUACGUUGUAAAGCAUUUUGGAUCUCUGCCAGUUGAUCAAGCAAGCUGCCUUCACAGACGUCUGCAUCCUCUUCUGUUCCUUUCUAAAGGCGGGGCAGAUGCAUGAGCUGUUGUUUUGCAUGCAAUCUCCAUGCAGGGCUCCUCGGUCCGUGUGGUUUCUGUUUCCUGGUAGUGAGUAAUACGAGUAAUAAUGAUGUUUACAAUGUUCCCGGUGACGGGGCUGUCCUACUCUCGAGCAUGUUCACAUGUAAGCAAAAAUGUGUGAGUAGAUUUAAGAGCACAACCUGAGUAUACUCGGAGAGAUUUUUUAGAUUAGGGUAAUAGAUUUUGGUCACUGUGCAACGACACCUGCCCUCACCUCUUUCCGUCUCUGAAGAUCUAUUGGUUUCACAUUGGACAAUUCCAAUCUGUGCAUCCACACUUUCUCAAUCCUUUUUUCUCUUUUUAGGAAAUGAGAUGUACUUCCAAGGAUUCUGCAGUUUGCAAAAAUCCUCAGUCAGAAUCCAAUUUCCACAUAAAACAUAUCUAGGUUGCUUUUGCAGGAGACUCAACAAAACCGUCCAGACGUCUUGCUCCCGGUUAGGAUCCUAAUCAAAGGCCACUCGUCUCUGCAGCUUGCCACGAGUCAAGAAUCUAAAGUGUUUCCAGACUUGUAUACUAGCUAACCUUCCAUCUCCGCUAAGCGGAAGCAAGGCUAGGGAUUAGCGGUCCUUCAAAGAAGUUCUGGUUCUGGUAUUCUUCUGGUGGGACAUGCUGGAAACUCCCCAGAGAAAGUGUCCAUGAUGCGCCUUGAUCAAAGGCCAGAACCAUCGUCAUGCAUUCUAAGGUUGGGUUAAUUUUCCACCAUUUAUCCAGGUCUUUGUCUCAGGUUAAGCAAGGUGUCAUCCUGAAGCAGGCCCGAAGGAUCCUGAGGUGUUCUUCGGAUCAAUGGGAUUAGUUACCCCAUCAAAUAACUCCGUUUCCUCCCAGUGCGACGUGGAGAGAAAAACCUCUACAGGAAGGUGUCUUAAUCAGAUGCACCAACCAGUUCACGAUGUUACGAUGAACUUUUCAAACGUACUUAUUUUAACAAAGGUAGAAAGACGGCAGGCAGGUGUUGGGUCACGUGACUGUUGUGUUAACAUGCAGUGUUGUGUGCAAAACAGUGAUAAAUGACUGAAGAUAAUAAAGGUUUUAUCAUA